AUGGGAUGCUUUUUUUUAGUUAACGCUUUACUAAUACUGUUUUACAUAGCCAUGGUAUCAUGCUUCAACGUGGAUUUUGUAUAUUCUCCUUUGCCCUUGUUUAAGUAUGAUAUUAUAGAUUAAUAAGGUGCUACUACUAAAAUAAAAGUUGCUGAAAAGGCUAAUUUAGUAUUUGUUUCAGCUGGUGGGUAAGGAGUUAUCGUUUUAGAUGGUUUAAGUAAUGAAAUAAUAUUCUAAAUGAAGGCUAAAGAAUUUCUUUUCUCAAUAGAAGCAACAUCUGAUGGAGAAUAUGUUAUGUUUUCUUAUGAAUCUCAAUUCAGUGUGUUUUAAUUCUAGAACAGAAGAAGUCUAAUUUUACUCAGCUAAGCCAAUUUUCCUACUUCUAUAAUCGAUAUGUCUAUUAAUAAUAAAGAAGAUACUGUUUUUGCUGUUGGUCUAGGUGGAUAUCUUAUUGCUUAUGAUAUAUCUCAAAAAAAAUAAGUCUAGAUAGUUGGGUAAUUUAAUUCUUAAUCUAAUAUUAUACAUUAAAUUUACAUCUCCAAAGAUGAUUAGUGGAUACUUUUAGGAAAUGAUGUUCUUGGUAUGGCUGCCUUACAAUUGUCUAUCAAUCAAAAUGAUCAUUCUAUUGAUUUUACACUUGCUGGUUAGGGUAUCAUGAACUGGAAAACAUGGGCUGUUGUAGUUACUGAUGACUUACAAUAUGUCUAUGGUCUUGAUAAUUGGUUUGGAAUUUAUAUUUGCGAUUUCCGCUAGGUCACUUUAGCUUCAUAGGCUUUAUAUCCAGUAAAUGUAAACUUUAUCAAAUAUUGGCCUUUUCAUUCAAUAAACUUAAUAUAUACUCUCAAAUUAACAAAAGACAAUAAAUAUUUGUUAAUUGGCUUUAGAUCUGAAGGAGUAUAUCUAUUUAAUAUUGAGGACAGACUUAAUCCUUCUAUUUUCUAACAAAUUCCAGUGCCAGGCUAAUCGCUAUCUGUUAAUUUAUCUCCUAAUGAAUAAUACUUAUACUACGCAAAUGCCCUUAGUAUUUAUGUAUUUGAGCGUCAUUCAGCAAACCUUAAUAAUAAUUACCCUAACUUAUUUAAUGUACAAUAAGCAACAUUAUUAAAUACAACAACUGCUAUGUAUAAAUGGAGGUGCAUAACUAGAGAAAUUAACGGAUUAGAUUAUUAUUUCGGUUCAUUUGAUUUAAAUGGUUUUUAUAUUUUUAAUGCUGAUGAUCCAUAUAAUUUAAUUUAAAUUUAUAGCUAGCAGUUUGGCCCACUUACACUAGUAGAUAGCAUGGUUAUUACAUAAGAUAAAAAAUAUCUUUAUGUUCCUAUUGAAGAUAAUAAUACUUCAUUUAUUGUCUAUGAUAUUUAAAAUAUCACAUAGCCUUUUGAAGUAUUUAGACUGAAUAUAAAUAACUAAAACCAUGAAGAAUCUAUAAUGUUUUCUCAAGAUUAAAAUUACUUAGUAAGUUCAAACGAUAUAGGUAUUCUACUUUUUGAUUCUUCAAAACCUCCAACUUUAGCUCUUCUGGCUUCUUGGAACAUCUUACCUUUUAUGACAGGCGAAAAUGCAGGAGUUAUGAUCACAAACGAUAAUCGAUACAUAAUAGGGACAGUUAGAAAUUAUGGUCUCUAUGUUUUAGAUGCUACUGUCAAAACAAAUUUAAUCUUUAAAAGUACUUUAUAAACUUUAGGAGCUGAAGGUAUUAUUUGUUCUAAUUAUUCUAAUAAUUACGCAUUCUUACUAGAUGGAUUUAAAGGAGUAGCUAUCUUAGACCUAACUGUAUUACCUCAAAUCAAAAUUUUGAGUAGGAUUCCUCUAACAGGAUGGGUAAAUCAUUUACUUUCACUUCAGUAGGAUACUUUUUUAUUGACUGUAGUCAUGGAAAAUCAAAUGUUGACUCUAAUUGACAUCUCUGAUAAAGAAGAUCCCUAGAUACUAUCAGCUUAUUAAUAUUAAGAUUAAUCUGCUUAGUCCCUUUGCCUAUCUUCCAAUAAUAAAUAUUCAUUUUUAAAUAACUAAUUUGGGACUGUUGUGCUUCCAUUAAAUAGUUAAGUUUUAAUCCAUACUGAAAUUGAGCAGAUCACCCUGUAAAUAGAUGGUAGCUAAUUACUGAAUCCAGUUUCGAAAGAUCAACAUUUAAAAGUCGGGCAAUUUAUUUAACUAAAAUUUGUUUUCAUAUAUCCUGUUAAUGGAGUUUAAAUCGUUAGUGUUAGCUAUUACUUUGAUUUUUAAAAUAACCCUCUUCCUUUUUGGAUGAAUUAUAAUUAAAAUAGUGGAAUUCUUUAGAUUACAGUUGAUAAAAGUGGACUUAGCUCAAAAAAUAUCAACAUUCCAAAUUUAAACACUAUCUUGUUGAAGGUGAUAACUCCUCUUUCGCCUGAAUCUUUCUAAUUUAACUCUACAGAUGUUCAAACAACACCUAGCGAAGCUUAGAUGAUCUUUUCUACACUUCAAAAUAUCAAUUUAAUUGAUUCUGUUGGGUAUGUAACUGAGUUGUUUGAUCCUUAAAAAUCUCUUUUUUUCGAAAUAAACACAAUAAAUUGCACUACCAGGCUUUAUUAAAUGACUUAGUUAGUUCUUUAACAAAGCAUUAACAUCAACCCUGUAAUCUUCUAUAUUGAGCCAUCACUUUCUAUCGAUAUUACAAAUCUAAAUAAUCCGAUUCAAACACUUUCCCAAAGCAUACAACUUUACUUAAUGGUGAAUACUUAAGAUGGUAAGUUUGUAAUAGGAGAUUUUAAUGGAGUGAUUGCAUCAACAAAUGAUUCGUAAAACUAAAUAAAAUUAGAAGGAUCCUUAGUAAAUUUGAAUAGCGUACUUUCAAAAAAAAUUAUAUUUGCGAAUUUUACUGAUUUGAAAGCAAUAAAUGUAACAAUCACCUUGAUAGAUGGUGUAAAUUAUGAUGUCGUUCAAGACUAUUUAAUUUAAUAAUGCGUUUUUAUCAAAUAAAAGCAAUUAAUUACAAAAAAUCCUCUAAACUCUUUGCAAUAAUAAUUUAAUAAAUAGUAUCCUUAGGCUUAAAUAGAUAUUUUAACUUUUUUUUCAAUAAACUUUGCAAAAAACUCUUUUAUUGUAAACGAUGUUCAAUCUAUUUCUUACUAAGCUUUUUUAUUGGAGGGAUAAUAAUUCAGACAGCUAAAUACAGAGGAUUGGAUUUAAUUUUAAGAUAUUUCUGAAUAAAUUAGCAUAAGCGGAAUACCUCCAGCAUCUGCUUACAGGCAAACAUUUUACAUAAAAAUAGUUGCAUCUGAUGGAUAUACACAAGAUAGUGAUAUCUUUUAAAUAAACGCUUAUGGUUUGCCAUUUAUUUUAAUUUUUGAUUUAUUAAUUAAAAUUUUAGGACCAGUCUUUGCAAUAUUUGGUUUGUAUAAAUACAAAAGCUAUGUGAUAAAUUUGUUAUUUUAAAAUUAUGUCACUUAUUCAGAUGAAAUAGCAAUUAUAGGAAAAUUUUAUUUUAAAAAAAUAACUCUCUGUGGAGAUUAAUUGGAGAAAAGUUAGUUGCUAUUUAAAGAAUUUGUUAAAUAGUUUGAAUAUAAUCAAGAUUAGUUCAAUGAAAUAGAGAAAUUUUAUAAUCAUGAAUUAGAGAAAGAAACUUAAUAACCUGAUAAAGAACAAAAUAUGUUAAGCUUUAUUGACGGUUAAACAAAGAAAAAUCUUAAUACUCCUCGAAGACUUAAAGUAAUCACAGAAUUUGGAUCAAAAAAUGAUGAAUUUCUUAAAAAGUCAAUUUGCAUAAUCUAAAUGUCAAGCAAGCACAUACGCAAAACCUUUCUAGAAAAAUAAUAUAUCAAAAAAGAUGGUGAUAUAAAUAUUUUGAAAAUCAUUAGAGACAUUAAACAUAAAAAUAUAUCUUUCAAUCUAAAAGGGAAGAAAUAUUGUGCUUAAAACAUGGUAUCUGAUUUUAAAAAUCCAGAUUCCUUGAUAUUCAAAGGGAUAAAAGCUAUAGCAGCGAGAUAUUUCCUAAAACUAGACACAGCCUCAUAUUAAGUUUACAGCUAUAUUAAGUAUUAUGCCUUAAAAUAUCAUAAUUACACAAAAAAUGAUUGGUAUAAAAGUGUUAUUUAAAUUACACCUACUGAAGAUAAAGAUUGUUAUGGUUUACCGAUCCCCUUUUCUUCAUUUAAGCUUAAUGAAUAGCAGCUAAAUUUAAUUUUAAUUGAUUUACAAUUGCAUAAUGAAAUUGGGUAGUCUUUUGAAUCAAUUAAGAAUUAAGGUAUCAACCAUCUUUUGAUUAAAGAAGUGUUAUCAGCUGAUGCUAAAGGAUUAAUUGAAUAAACUCCUUCUAUUUUUUUUCCUUCAGAAGGAGAGUCAGUACAUCUAUUUUAAUAUGAAAUUUAGUCUAUUUAAGCUUUUAAAAAAGUUGAAAAUACAUGGUGUACAGGAAUAAGAAAGGCAUUAAAUUUUGAAUACACAAGCUAUGGAGUUUCUAAAAGCUAAAAUUUACCUAGUUGGCUAUAGGUUGAAUACAAAAAAGGAGGUUUAGUAUUACAAGGUACUCCUUAAUCAUAGGAUGAAGAAAAUAUUCUAAUAAGAAUCAUAGACUAGGAUUUAUAAGUGAUUUAAUAAUUUAUGUUACAAGUAGUUUAUGAAUAUUAAGAAUAAAAUUAAAGCAAUAAUAAUCCUAACAAGCUAUGUGAUAGUAUAGCAACAGAAGAUUUUUUUUAGCAAUCUAGGAUAUAGAGUAAUAGAAUAAAAAGCGACAUAUCGUACUUAACUACUCCUAUUUAAAGAAAUUAACUGUUAGAUAGUACUACAUAAACGUUUAAUAAAUAUAAUUAAACAGAUGAACAGCCAUCUAAUACCAAAAGAUUAGGAAAGUAUAUUUCUAAUCGUACUGAUUAGUAUUCAGAUAAGUAUGAAAAUAAGAUAAAAGAUGGUAUAUUUGACUAAUCAACUGUUUUUAAUUAGAUGUAAUUUGAUCCAAAAAACUAAACAAGAUUUGAUACCUUAAAUCAAUAAUCCAAUUAAAAUAGUAUAAAUAACUCUUUUAAUUAGAAUUAAAUCCUGAUAAAUUACUAAAAUAAUUAGUAGGACGAGCUUUAAUAAACUUAUAUAAUAUCAACCCAAGAUUAAAAUUAAAAUAUAUUUGGGGCUAUUCUUAAAAGAAACAAUUAAUCAAAUUAGGAUUAGAAGUCUACUCUAAACUAAGAAGAAGAGAAAAUUAUAGAAGAAAAUAAUUUAAAUUAAAUUUCAUUAGAAAUAGAUCAAUAAAAAAGUUAAUUUAGUCAAAAUAUUUAAAAUUAGCAAAAUUAUGAUCAAAACUUAUAAGAGGAUUCAAUUUAAGAAGAAUAAAAAGUAAAAUCCCUUUAAGACAUAAAUGAGCAAUUUAAAUAGAAGUAUCUUGAAAUUUUUAAAAGCUUCUAGAAAAUUAAGUGA